AUGAGGCAUCGUGAGACUUCGCGUCUUAGUGAUCCUCACAAAAUGUCUUAUGCAGGACAGGUAUUUCUUGGGCCAGAUAAUGGGAGGAUUGAUUCCGCCGGAUUGAAUUACUACGGUGUCUGCCCUGAGUUUACGACCGUUCUAUUCAAACCUGGAGAUUAUAUUGGUCUUGUAUGCGCACUGCUGUCGUUGAUCCCCCCGGCAGUUUUGAUGAUGCACCUUUCAGCAUUUUUGAGCCGAAGAACUGCGCAAGAUCUCUGGUUUGCAGGUGGACAAGUUAUGUGUGAGGGGAGUAAUUUUGUUCUAAAGCGUUUGAUGAAGCAGCCGCGGCCACAGUCUCCCGUUUUGAAUAUGCCAGAAGAGAGCUAUGGCAUGCCCUCGGCCCACUCUCAGUUUAUGGGCUUUCUUGUCGGAUAUAUGGUUGUACAAAUGUAUUUCUCUCCACACUUGCCGAAAUGGGAUCGAGUUUUUCGGAUUUCUGGUAUGUCGCUGCUUGCGGGCUUGGUAGGGUUCGCUCGAUACUACCUGUACUAUCAUUCCCCGGCGCAGGUCGCUAUGGGUCUUACGUUCGGCUUUUUGCUCGGAUCGCUUUGGUUUUUGGUGUCGGUUCCUUUACGGAAAUUUGGCGUUGUUGCAUGGGUAGUAAGUCUUUGGCCUUGUCGUCUAUUGUUGAUCAAAGACGUGGAUUAUAAUGUUAGAGAAGAAUACCAAAGCUACGUAGCCACGGUCAACAAAAGAAAAAACUGA